AUUGCUGAAAGGUGGGAUGAAAGGUGAAUGAAACAUGGCAAAUGGUGUAAAACCAAAAGGGUACGCCUCUGUCUCUUCAAGAAGUGCCGGAAGCAGUUAUUCACGCUUAGGUAGAAGGAGGUCCUCAUCUGCAAACAUACCCCAAGAUCAGGAUGAUAGCUCAUCUAGCGAAGAUGAAAUAGAACAUAUAGAAGAGCCCACUGCUUCCGACAUAAGAAGAAGGGAACAGUCCGAAAUCGAUCUGUCACGACAAUUUAACACAGUCAAGUAUAUCAAAGAAAAGGCGAAAAAAUGGAAAAUAUCAGAAUCAUUCCUGAAAAAGGUGGUGAAAUGUGUGAUCGCUUAUGCUUUGGCUUCGUUGUGCACAUAUGUCCCAUCUCUUUCGCACCAAUUGGCCGUCUUACUUCCCAACCAUGACCCCUCAAAGAUGGUGCCAAUCUCAAAUCUACACUUUAUUGCUACUGUGGCAGUUUACUUUCAUCCUGGAAGAUCUGUCGGUGGAAUGGUGGAAGCAAACAUCUUUGCCCUUUUCGGUUUCGUAUAUGCAAUCACUCUCGCUCUCACCUCAAUGACGAUUGCAGUCUAUCUGCACGAGAAUGACUUUCCCUUAACGAGCAACGCUAUAAGUAUCAUUCUCUUUGUUGGAUUUGGCACUUCUCUGGUCGGUUUUGCUCGGGUACGUGUUGGAAGGCCGACAUUCAAUACCGCAUGCUCCUUGAUAGGUGUUUUGAUCUUUACCGUUAUCGUGAAGGAAGGUUCUUCUCAUCUCGGUCACUUUUCUACAGAUAAGAUCUGGCAAGUAACUUUGGUCGUGUUUGUUGGAGUUUUGAUUUCAAAUGUAGUCUGCUUCACGAUCUGGCCGCAAAGUGCUUGCACCAGCUUACAGUACGACAUUCAACGAAACCUCAAGAGUUUUUCGACCCUGUUACGGGUUUUGACCAAAACAUUCUUGAUGGAAGAUAUCACUGAAUUUAGUAUCAAGUCUAAGCGAAUCAAAGCAGCCAUUGAUAAUCACCACGAUUCAUUUAUCAGUCUGAAAAAAGACUUAGAAGAGGCAAAGCUCGAAGCGCCUUUUGAUCAGCGGAUACGAGGGAGAAUAUCAAGCUAUGUGCGAGUUGUUGACAGUCUGAACGUCUUAGCACAACAUCUUGGAGGUCUACGUACCAGCUGUACUUUGCAGCAUGAGAUGGUACAAUCCUCGCCAGGACACCAAGCAAGAUCUAGCUCGACAGGAGCUUCUAGAGGCUUCACUACAUCUGUCUAUCUCGAUGGCGAUGGACAAGAUACUUCGGUCACCGUACAAUCGCCAACGGGCGUAGAUGAUCCAGACGAAUUCAUCACCCCUAAGAAGUCUAAGCCAAGACAAUCUGCAUUUGACCAUUAUCUGGAAAGUCUUGGGCCGCAUGUACGAAGCUUGGUGUCAACCUGUGGCAAGACCUUGAAAGGACUAACGACUGCUUUCGAAGCAACGGUGAAAGGAAUAGAUUCUAGAGAAGGAUACAAGAAAGACGUCCAAGAUGAUGAAACGUUUGACGUUAUGGCUCAAAAGGUCAGAUCAGCCUUGAAGGAAUUCAAGCACGAAAGAACGGUGGCUAUUAAGCGCUCUUAUUCCGUCUACCCGCGCCAAUCGGUUGAGGCAGAAAGUCUUGCCGAGAUGCAAGGGCAGAAGUCGGAUGAAGACGUCUUCCUUAUUUUCUACUUCCUCUUCUUGAUUGAGGAAUUCGCAAAAGAACUCGAGAGACUCAUAGAAGCAUUAGAGAUAAUCAGGAAGGACGAAAAGCAUAUUCAAGAGAAACGUCAUGGACCAAUCUACACUCGUAUGCUGAACUCUUUGAAAGGCCUUUUCGGUUUUCGCAAUGAUCGUUGGGGAAGAUCCUCAAAAGAAGAGUCUUUCGGUAGCACAGUGUAUGCGCUAUUUAUACGCAACACUCCCGCCUUUUCUCUGGCUUCUCCUCAACCUCAUCAUCCUGACACAUCGCAAACACCUGCUCCAUUCACGAGACGAGAAAAGUUGAAUCGGACAGUAUGGAGUUUGGGACAAUUUUUCAAGCAGCCCGAUACCAAGUUUGCAAUCAAGACUGGAUUAGGAUGUGCGCUUCUUGCCAGCCCCGCUUUCAUCGCAAGUACACGACCACUUUUUACCGAAUUUCAAGCUCACUGGGCUCUAAUUAGUUUCUUGGUUGUUCUUAGUCCAACUGUAGGUCAGAGCAAUCAAUUGAGUGUUCAUCGAAUCGGAGGAACGGUGGCAGGAGCUGUGGCAGCAACGUUGGCUUAUUGGCUUUUCCCCGAUAACAAUGUCGCUUUGCCAAUCUUUGGUGCGAUCUUUUCUAUUCCGUGCUUCUUUUGGAUUAUCGGGAAGCCACAAUAUGCAUCUAGUGGUCGCUUUGUAUUGCUGACUUACAACCUUACUGCUUUGUAUUCGUACAAUGUACGUAAAGUCGGUAUCGAAGUGGAAGAGAUUGCAAUCCGACGUAUGGUCGAUGUGAUCGUCGGUGUUGUUUGGGCAACACUUCUUAAUCAUCUUGUUUGGCCUACGGAAGCAAGACGAGAAUUGACGAGAGGAGUGUCGGAAUUGUUAUUCAAAUUAGCCUUUCUCUAUCAAAAGCUGGUCUUGGCUUAUUCAUCUGCUGAAGCACCUUCACAAGAAGCUGAAAAUGGAUUUGGAUCCCGUGCAAACACGAUCGAAUCUCAACCUUUGAUUGAACGACAUGGAGAGCUGAGCGAAAUACAAACGAUUGAGCUGGCAUUGCAAGUGAAUAUCAUCAAAUUAGAAGGAUUGUUGGCCCAAACCCGUCACGAGCCUAGACUGAAAGGACCUUUUCCGGUAGAGCAAUACAGACGUUUACUGGGAUGUAGUCAGCACGUACUCGAUCUUCUGCAUACUAUGAAUCUCGUCACAUCCAGGCCGGAUUGGCAUACAGACGUUCGACAAGAUUUUAUUAUACCAGUGGAUGCUUCAGGCUUAAGACGCAAUAUGGUUGGCAAUGUUUGUUUAUUCUUUUGGCUUUUGGGUUCAGCAUUCCACCUCAAAACACCUUUGCCUCCAUUUUUUCCACCAGCAGAAGAAGCUCGAAAAGCAGUUUUAGAAAAGAUUCGACAAUUACCAGUCGUAAAAAGAAGGGCGAUUCGUGGAUCAAGUGAAUAUCUUCUUUAUUUUGCUUAUGCGUUAAGUAUGAAAGAUUUGAUUCAUAAAUUGGACGAGAUUGGAUUGAUUGCUCAACAAUUAUUUGGUGUGAUGGGAGGAAGUAUGAACGGAUGGAAUGAACAAUUUAUGAUCUCAGAAGAUGAACAAGAGCGAUUGGAUCGAUAUCUUUAUUCGUCUACCGAUAUCUCCAAUGCUAGCACUGACAAUGCAUUGGGCGAAGUAAGCUCGGCAGAUAGAACAUGUGAUACCUUUGGACAGGUUCGCUGAUCUUUAUUCUCUUGUGACAGCAAACCUGUAUACUUGUACUAUUUUAGCAUGUGUAUAUUUAAAUCAUCAAUCAAUUAAACACAGAC